GCCCAGCCAGUCCAGUGCAGAGGCCGUGGAGAACUCACAGGCGAAUGCCCGCGAGACCAGCCUCCAACCAGGAGGUGUGCAGUCGGGGCUCUACAGCUUUCUGCUGGGCUGCACGACUCCCUGCUCCGAUGGCGGCUUCGGCGAGAGCACCGGUUCGCUUGCAAAGGUGGUGCAGCAUUGCUGCAUCGCAUCGGAGAGGGAGGGUGUGCUGGAGCUCGUGGAGCAGCACCGGGUGAUCGGGGACGCAGUGACCCUGAUCGAAGACAAUGCCUGGUCUUCGCCCUUGGCCGCGGAGAUCCUCGGAGGUUGCCGGCGGAAGCUGCUAAGUCGGCCCCAGAGCGACCGGAGGUUCGAGGAGUUCUACAAGCUCGCGCAGCAGAUAGGCGAGGGAUCCUUUGGCAACGUCUACAAGGCUUCCUCGAAAUCCAAAGGGGAGGCCGUGGCCCGAGCCGUGGCAGUCAAGGUCUUCUCCUUGGCGUCGCCCAUCGCUUCCCCGCAGGCCAAGGUAGAAAGCGAGGAAAGCAAGCGGAAGUUCGCCAGCUUCGUCGGCGAAUACGCGAUGUUGUGCCGCCUGGACCACCCUCAGAUUAUCAGGAUGCACGAGAGCUUUCAGACCAACGCCGACCUACAUCUCGUGCUGGAGAUGUGUCGGGGUGGGGAGCUCUACGCCCUCUUGGUGCGGCGCAUCAAGGAGGACAGCAGCCAGGGGAGCCACGGCCUCCUAGAGGAGGAUGUCCGCAUCUUCUUGAGGCAGAUGUUGCUGGCCGUGGCUUACCUUCACAAUCGCCGGAUCGUGCACCGUGACAUCAAGCCCGAGAACUUCCUGGUCUACGGUGCCCCUGGCGAGCCUGAGGCCGACGUCCUUAAGCUCUGCGACUUCGGCACUGCCAUGGUGCUCACGGAUCAGAAGCCCAGGUCCAUGGUGAACAUUGGCACCCUUUCCUACACCGCUCCGGAGGUUUACAUGCGUAAGGGUGCAGACCUUCCAGCCGAUGCCUGGUCCCUGGGCGUCGUUCUCUAUGUCAUGCUGACGGGCACGAACCCUUUCAGGGUGGGCAAAGAGACCUCGAAGCAGGACACGGUCAAGAAAAUCAAGGCUGGUUC